GGCUGCUGAGGGAUUUAUAGCUGCUGAAAACUGUGUGCCGCGAAAGACAAACGAAGCGAGACAUAAAGCAAGAACUAUUCGUCACCGCUCUGCCCUGCAUCGUCCUGGUAUGAGCGAGCCGACAGGCCGUCUACAGGUUUCCAUUCUAGUCACAUGCUCAUUUUCCUAUUCGACUUCUUGGCAUGGCGCUGUGGUGGCAAUGAAGGUAGUCCGGCCCCGCUGCGCCGCAUCUGACCUGCGAGCCUUGGAAAGAGUCUGGGCAACUGUACUUUCGGAGCCAUGUUGAAUGCGGCGGCGUCGAUUAGAACCUAUUCGCUGUGGCUCUGGAUGUCCUGUAGGGCCCUCGCAGCCCUGUUCGUUGCUUACGGUGCCGUAAAGUUAAUUAUGUGGUGCUGGUACCAGUAUGAACUAUUCAGGGCCCUCAAAGACAUUCCUGGACCAGGAGGCCGUUGGUCUCUGCUCUUCACACCGCGAUAUUUCUUGCAUUCCCUGUCCACAAAUCCGAAGCGAGCCGGAAGCACAGUGGAGUUUUUCCAAUGGAUUCGGGGUUUGAGUGAAAUCCACCGGCCAGAGGGUGUUUUUAAGAUCUACGCUGGGCUGAAUCCAAUAGUGUUCCUUUGCACGGCGGAGACAGCAGAGCCCCUGCUUUCAAGUGCGUCGAACCUGAAGAAGUCUGUUAUCUACGACAACAUGCACCCGUGGCUAGGGUCAGGAGGCCUGCUCACCAGUUAUGGAGAACGCUGGCGGCAACACCGGAAGCUCCUCACGCCGGCGUUUCAUUUUCGGGUGCUGGACAAUUUCCUGCCCAUCAUUAACGAGCAGGGUGACCGGCUUGUGCAGGAACUGAGCCAACUGGCGAACGAGACGUACGUCAACCUGUUCCCCACGCUCUCAAAGUGCGCCCUGGCAACGAUCUGCGAAACAGCCAUGGGCCUCAAGGUCCACUCCAAGGAAAGUACGAGCGCGGUGUCCGAGUACGAACGGGACUUAGAAACCGCCAUCAAGCUUUUCAUGAAGCGAGUGUUGCAGCCGUGGACUUGGCUCGACGUGGUGUACGCGGCAACAGCAAGGGGCGUCAUGUUCGGCAAGGUGGUCAAGAGGCUGCACUGCUUCACAACCAAGGUGAUAGUUGAACGCCAAAAAGCCGAGGCAGCCAGGAGCUCAGCGGUGAAUGCCGAUGCGAAGGAAGGCGUUCUCGAUUUCGGCGGCGCUGACGGCGAGGCCUCGCUGGCACCACUUGGCACCCACGAUGCAGUCACGGGAAGUGGUGCCGAGCGACCGGCAUUCCUGGACCUGCUGUCGCACUAUUACCGCCAGGGCAUCUUCAGCGUUGAAGAUAUGAGGCAGGAGGUUGACACCUUCAUGUUCGCGGGUCACGACACCUCGGCUCAAACGCUUACGUGGACUCUGUUCGCGCUCGCCAUCAACCCUGAAGUUCAGCGAAGGGUGCACGAGGAACUGGACAGUGUGUUUGGGAAGCGGGCAGCGGGCAACAUCACGAAGAGUCACGUUGCCAGCCUAACGUACCUCGACCGUGUGUUGAAGGAAACCAUGCGUAUUUUCACCAUCGUGCCCUGGGUCGGAAGAUCGUUGACUGAGGCGUUAAAAAUUGGAAACUAUACCAUUCCUGAAGGGUGCACAUGUUACGUGUUCGCUUACGGCAUCCACCGCGACCCUGCUCACUACACUGACCCGGAAGUGUUCGACCCAGACCGGUUCCUACCCGAAAACUGCAGCCGCAACCAUCCCUUCGCCUUUGUGCCUUUUUCGGCCGGCCCUCGAAACUGCAUAGGCCAGAAGUUCGCCAUGUUGGAGUUGAAAGUGCCGUUGGCGAAGGUGCUUACGAACUUCAGCGUGUUCAGCUGCAACCAUCGUGACGAUCUACUGUUCGACGCCGACAUCCUGCUCCGAACCAAGAGACCAAUCAGGAUACGUCUCCAACCACGGCGUGAGGCUGGCUUUAAAUAAAGGCUCCUAUCUGAAGGAUCACACGCA